UGUGACGAUUGUGACUUAUAUUCACAUAGUUUUGACUACAUUUUUUAGUGCUACUACUUUAUUAUUUUUUUCAUCUUCCCUUGAAAUUAUAAAUAAUAAUUUCGCAUUUAUAAACAACCGUAGGUCCACCUACAUAAUGCAAACAAGUGUUUUAACAGCACCAUAGUUUCACUAAAUUUGAUUGGUUUAUUUUUUUGAUAAAGAAAAGUGUAAUCGUGAAGAAACUGUCGCGAUCGAUGGCAGAAUCAUAAUAAUACAGAAAUAUACAUGGGACCCUCGGACUCCAUUUCUUUGUUUGACGUCUUCCAAAAAUAAACUGUUCGUGAAGCUUAUCUGAUUUAUUCAAUUUGUGGACAUCAAAAUGUGGAAAUUUAUUAUUGUGCUCAUUUUUGGCUGCUGUUACGGUGCCAUGAGUCGAGCCAACCUGGAUCAGAGCAAAGUACAAUGUGCAUGCUUCAAUACUACAGAACCUGAAACAUGUACAAAUAACAAAGUCACUUGUGAUGUUGAGGCUGGAAAAAUUGGCGGCUGUUUUGUGGUUUGGGCAAAUGACAAUGCAACAGGAGAAGAAACAGUCACCAUGAAAGGAUGCUUCAUCAGCGAUUCGUGCAAUCGUACUGAAUGCAUUGCCGAUUCCCCACCGAGAAGCAACAUCAACUACUGUUGUUGUCGCGGUAAUAUGUGUAAUCUUAAAUACAAAUACGUGCCAUUGCCGCCAGCGCCUGCAGAACUUGAAGGUAGAUUGUUGAUUCAUUCAUAUCAGAAUCUUGUUAAUGAUACAGAAAAUUCAACUCAAUUUACCUCAGAAGUUGUCAUUCCAGCGCCACCGUCCGACAAGCCGAAUGAGAAUUUGAUAAUUGUUAUAGUUGCAUGCUGUGCAGGCGUUAUUGUGUUAGCAUCUGUCGGCGGUUUCUUUCUUUAUCGCAAUCGAAAAGCCGCUAUGUUCAACGAAGUGCCAACGAAUGAACCAGACAUAUCCAGCUCGUCAUUGACAUUGAAUAGUCCUAGACCAAUUCACUUGAUCGAGCAGAAGGCUCGUGGCCGUUUCGGGGCAGUUUGGCGUGCCCAAUUCAAAUCGGACGAGGUUGCUGUGAAAAUAUUUCCGUUACAAGACAAGGACUCGUGGCAGUCGGAACAGGAAAUCUUUAAGCUGCCCAGAAUGAGACAUCCCAACAUUUUGGAAUACAUCGGCGUUGAAAAACAUUCGGAAACAUCGGAAUUUUGGCUAAUAACCGCUUAUCACAGCCUAGGGUCGUUAUGCGAUUAUUUGAAAGCGCACACCGUCACAUGGACAGAACUAUGCAAAAUUGCCGAAUCGAUGGCGCGUGGCUUGACACAUUUACACGAAGAAUUUCCAGCCACCAAAGCCGAUGGCCUCAAACCAGCCGUUGCACAUCGCGAUUUUAAGAGUAAAAAUGUUUUACUGAAAGCUGAUCUGACUGCGUGCAUUGCCGAUUUCGGAUUGGCUUUGAUAUUCGAACCAGGUAAACCUUGCGGCGAAACUCAUGGCCAAGUCGGAACACGUCGUUAUAUGGCGCCCGAAGUACUUGAGGGUGCUAUCAAUUUUACACGUGACGCCUUUUUGAGGAUUGAUGUGUACGCUUGCGGUCUGGUUCUCUGGGAAUUAGUUUCACGGUGCACCGAACACGACGGUAUCAUCCCGGAUUAUACGCUACCGUUUGAGACUGAGCUUGGAAUUCAUCCGUCAGUUGAAGAGAUGCAGGAAAAUGUUGUUACGAAGAAAAUGCGUCCGCGUAUACCAGAACAUUGGCGAUCCCAUUCUGGUCUCAAUGCCAUCUGUGAUACAAUGGAAGAAUGCUGGGAUCAUGAUGCCGAAGCCCGACUAUCGUCGUCUUGUGUCAUGGAACGCAUAUCACAGCAUACCCGGUAUCCAGCCACCCAGCUCUUCAUCGAAUCGAACACCGAUACGCUGAUAAAAAAUCGCACCGUUAGCAUGUAGAGAUGAGACGGCAGAACUGUUGAAAAUGUUGAACGUUUAAAUGAAAGUUUUUAAUAUUUUUGAUGCAAACACAAGUUAAGUGGAUAGAUUGUAUACACGCUUUCGUGAAAGAAAUACGGGGUGGAGAAAGAAAUUUAAUAUUUUUUGAAACGUAGUGAAGAGACAAGAGAAAACCAAUUAUUUUUUAGUAGCGACGUAAAGUGAAAACAAAAACAUUUUAUAAAUUCAGAAACGGAACAACCGAAACUCUUCCUAAAAAGAAAAUUUUGUUUUUUAUCGUUAUUGUUUCAAAGGUUUUUUUUUGUGUGUACAGUUUUUAGUGUCGUGUUAAGUUGUCGAUUGGUAGAUUUUCAAAGCCGAAAUGAAAAAUGAUGUAGUCCAAGUUCGUGCAGUUCAUGUGUGUACCAUUUGAAUGUAUAAUUUUAAUUUUGUGACCGGCAAAGGAAUAAUGCAAAACGACCAGUGGCGUUAGUUCGUUCCUUUAAAAUUACACUUUCCUUUUACAUUACUCGACCAAGAUCAACGGUAUGCGCAUCCAUCAUAAAUAUUGUAAUAAUCAACCGGCAAUCAAUUUUUUUAGUUAAUAUAAUGAAAAGCAUAGAAUGCAAGUGAAAAGUAAGAUGCAUAAAUGACCAGUGUGUGAUGUGUAUUGCCGGUUGUGUAUUAUAUUCAAUUUUAGCAUAAUGUCUUGAUUUGUUGAAUAAAAAUUGUGAUUCGAUUCGGAUCGGAAUUUUGUUGGAGCACAAUAAUUGUUUCAUUGGACAGUACAGAUGGAAACGACAGUUUCUUAAAAUUCAAAGAGAUAUCGGUGUUGCCAUUUAAAGUUUUUUUUUUAUCUAAGUGCAACAUAUUAAUGCAAAUACGGCUAUGCUAACUUGCUAACAGGCAACUGUUUUCGGUUUUCCUUUGCUUGACGAGUGAAUAUACUUAUUCAGCAAAACAUAUUUCUCUUCUUUAUAAUUCACAGUAACAAUGGAAUGUGUAAAGCAAAAGUUGCUCAUGUUUUUGAGAAUAUUUUAUUUUAAAUUUCCGUGGAUCAUUCACGAUGGGAAAGCGUUGAUCGGAGUAAAUUGCUACCUGCAACGAAAUUGUCAAUAUUUCUGAAGACUUUCAGGAAGUUACUCUUGCCAGAGGUAAUGAAAUUAGGCCAUUUUUGUCGAUCAUAAUCGAUUCUUCUUUCGGUUAACUGAACUUAUUUUGUAAACUUGUUGUCGGAAAGGACAGAACCUUGAAUAAAUAUUAACAAAUGAAUGAGAGCCAUACAUAGAUGACACGUUCACAUUUAGCAACAGAUUUUGAGAACCCCACCAUCACCAAUUUUCUUAUCCUUUUAACAUAGCUGAUCACUUUAGACCAUAGUAAAGGUCUUUAAGUGGGCUUAAAGUUUCACGAACGGGUUAUAUCACCUGUUAUCUUCACCGAAGACACAAUGGCAACACUGAGCUGAAGCUAAUUUCGUGUUAUUUACCAAAAUAAAUUGCCAAACAAAUGUUGAGAAAGAUUUUACUUCAGUCGAAAAGACUGAGAUCGAAACAAGCUUCGAUAACUAUCCGAUCAUUGAUACGCCUACCGUCUGUGAAAGGUUCGUGAGUAUUGAUGAGUAUUAGCCAGGGAUUCCAAGCAAAAUUUUACGCCAUUGCUUAAAAAUCCAGGGGGUAGACAACAACAACAGGACAGGGGCGAAUUACUAGGUAAAUAAAAAACAAAGGUAAAGACGAGAAACAUUGACGGUAUAGGGCUAAUAAAUGCAGGGCCAGUUAUUCGGAUUUUUUUUUUAAAUUCUCAAUAUUCUUAAACUUUCCGAAUCUUUGAGCUAAGGAAUAAAAUUCCGAAUAAUAAGCUCAACAAAGAUAUGGUCUAUAGUCCUAUCGAGUGAAAUCUAAACAUCCCAAAAAAUCGUCAUACCACACUCAUUCCCUCAUAUUUGUUGUAAUUAUAAUCCCACCAGAACGACAGUGACAAAAAACACCCUUUCUAUGCAAGGGCCAUCAUACAGUGAAUGAAAAACAAAAACGACAGAAUUAACAAAAUGGGAACAUUAAUAGUACAAUAUUUACCAAUGGGAAAAUGGCCUCUUCUUGUGUGAAAACACACAAGAAGUAUCACUUUAACCAUUUAUCACAUUGGUAAGUAAUGUACUAUUGCUCAAAAACUUGAGGUAAAGUUUGGCACCCUUGAAGUAAAGUGGUUAACUUCACCUCAAGUUUUUGAGUAAACAUUUGUUUUUAUCCUAACAAAAAAAAAAAUCAGUUCGAUUUAAUAAUUUUAGCUUUAAAAAUCGUAGAAAAUAAUUAUUAUAUUUUGACUUUACAUUAUUGUCAAUGAAAAGUUUAAGUUUUCUUUUUAUUUUAACUAUUACGAAUACAUUAAAUGGUAAAUACUAAACAGAUUAGUGAUGUAGAGAUUUAGAUUUAAAGUGAAAAUAUAAGAAAAAAAAUGAACAGAAACAAAACUAGCUUUACGUUAAGACUGCACGAUCCGGUAGUAAUAUAAAAAAUAUAAGAAAAAAAAAAUGAAAAUCUAGUUUCUCAAUGGAAAAAUGGAACAUUUAUUGAAAAGAGAAAAAGUAAUUUUGUGCCAAAUAUUGAAAGAUAACAUUGUUUUAACAAGAAACAAAACUUAGAACGAACACAACUAAAUUAAAGAGUACGAGUGAAAACGGAAUAGUAUAUUACGCUCGAUGCUGAUGGAAGUAAUUUAUGACAUGAGUUAACAGCUUUGUGAUAAACGCAAACUCACAAGUGAUGUUUUUGAGCAACAGGCUUCGGUAAUUGUCUUUUCGAUAAGUAUAAAGUUUGUGUAUCCGAGUCGUAGGCGACACUGGACACUGUUACCGUAGUAAGCUAAUGCAAAUACACACGAGUCUGUUUGCGAGUAUCACGAAAGUAUUUCCGAAUUAAUAAAUUACGUAGAAGCAUUCAAUGUAUUCUGGUUUAUUGCCUUGCCCAUGCAAAAGUCGAUUAUCAUAAAGGAAUUCGCGUAAAAAUUAUCGAAAAUAUUCUUCUUGAUGUAGAUCAACUUUCAUGUAAUGCUCAACUUUCGCAUGGGGCAGAUAGUAAAUAUAAUUUUUUUUUGUAGAAAAAACACGUUCACCGAAGAAAAAAGAGAAUAUAGAAAAGGAAACAGGGUAUUUUGUAAACGAAACAGCAAUUUUCAUUACAAGAUCGCUGUGGCUAGAGGGUAGAGUAUACCAUAAAUUUGAAGAACAAGAAUAAUAAGUCAGCGCCAUCUUGUUAACAGAACCUGAUAAUUAAAAUCGAUGCGACGUUAAUCAAGCGGACCAAAUGAUUCUUCUUGAUAUCGUCACUCGGACGUCUCAUUUUAACCGAUUUAUUAUACCCGCGCGUUAGCUUAGCGGUCGUGAAGCAAGUUGAUCUAUUUAAGGCUACAACGGAUUGCAAAUUGAAGAGCUGAUUGACGACUUAUUAUCUAAACUGUCUGAUUAUUUCUGAAGUUUUUGAUGUGGGAAUUUUAAAAACGAUUUAGGAAAAUCUGUACACAAAAACUUUGCCAAGAUGCUCACGUUCGAACGACAGAAACACUGAAGCAAACGUGCGCUAUCGUUUCCUUUUUUUACUUUAUAACCGUGAUGAACAGUAAAAUAUUUGAGAUUAUUUUUUAGUGGCGUCUGUGUUUAUGGAAAAAAAAUUAGAAAAGAGUUACAUAAAAUUGGCAGUGAAGCGAAGUCAUCCCUACAGAAGCUCUUUGAAUUUAACAAAUCUGCUACUUCUUUUGUUUAUGUUAUCGACCAUUGUUUCACACUAAAUCUUACACGAAGCUUGACAUAACAUUCAGUUUAACUGUAGAACACCACAUAAGCCAUAGGUCGUCGCUUAUUAUUAUAAUUGCUGCCAACAAAUAAUUAGAUGUUUCUGAAAGAAUCUUGUGUUGAAUCUAGUUUCCUGCUUGGGUAAAAAUAACGGAGAAAGAAGGUUCAGUGAACUAGGCUCGGUCAAGCUGUCGAAAAAAAGUCUGAAACAGUUGGGUUCAGGGUUCCGUCCAUUUCAAAGAGAAAAAGAGAAAUUCGGUCUAGAAGCCCAAUUAAGAUUUCUGCAUUUUCCACGUUGUUCAUUGUUAUUAAAAUGCUCAACCGAAAAUCGGGAGACGAGCCUUGCCCUGCCAUCACUGCCAAGUGUAAAAAAAAACUCUUACAUGAACCCUGCAAGGGAUAUGAGACUAAUAAAUAAAGAUUCCCGACAGAGAGGCGCUUCUUUUAGCUGAAUGAAAUUUUCUAUAUUCCGGACGUUCUACCUAUAAUCGUCCUCAUUCAUUCAAAAACAAACAAUAUCUUACACUUUGAAAGCCUUUUUUAAAAAAUGUUGCCCUGACUAUUAGACGCAGAGUUUAAUCGUCCCUCAUUGGAUAUUGUUAGAUUUUUCAAAGUUUUGUUUCAGGACUUUUGUUAUUGGUCGUUAGAAGAUAACUGAUUCGGGUAGCUCUAGUGCAUUAUCUCAGUCGUCACAAAUCGUACAAAAUCUAAAUUGAUGCCAAAAUAAAGGUGCUGAAACCCAAUGAAGAUGCAAUUGAAAAAAAUUUCAAAUGUAUUCUUCAUUGUUUUCCAAUACUAAUGCAACAACAACAAUUGACAACAUUUUAAGAGUUUCUACAAUGUGGGACAGGUACAUACCUUUUACCGCUUCGGUAACAAAAAUUGUAGAACAAUUGAAUAAUUAAAUGCAGAAACCGGAAAUGUCACAUUACCGAAUUAUAAGAAAAAUGAUAUUAAAUUGAUAUUUAAAACAAAACAAAAAUAUUGAAACGAAAUCAAGCGAAUGAAAUUUCAUUUUGUUAUUAUUCGCUAAAGUGACAUGUUUGGUAUCUGUGGUUAUAUUCAAAUGUGUCGUACUUUGCCACAUCGAAAAAUCUUUCACCAAUUCAACCCAUGACCCUAUGAAGGACGAUAAGUCUCCUGAGUUCUAUGUCUCUAUAAAGAUUAAAUAAAUCUUUUGAUUUCCAAAUUGAUAAUAACUUGAUAAUAAAAUCAACGAUAGAAUAUAAAUUUUCUAAGAUGGUGCUAAUAUUGUUGAACAGUAUGGAAUUUAUUAAAGAAAUACGAUUUUGUUGUGUGUGGUUGGAAUAGAGGGCAAUAUUUUGUAAC